GAGCUCGAGAACGAGAUCUUCCCCAAAUUUUGUCGAUUUGACUUUUUUCCGAUGCGCCGGUGAUAGCAAGCAAUCUUCGAUCCGGAUCCGCCAGCUUCCGUUAGUCUUUUAGCCGUAACGUCUGACGCCUGAACCCUCUCACCGCCCGCCGACGGUGGAGUUCACAGAGAGCAUAAAAACAGAGCAUUUCCCCAUUUCUAGAUUCCGAGUAAUCACUAGCUCAAUCUAAUUCGACCCCAGAGAAGAGCGCAUUUGAAGACUAGGGUUUCUCAUUCCGCGAAUCUGGUUCUCACAUCAUGGAGGAACUAGACGAUGGUUACUCGGUGAACAGUCCAAGAAGAGUGCUGAGCUUCUCGAAGACGAAGAAGAACCAGAAGAGGACAACAACAAGGGGAGGAAGAGGAUCAUCUGAUUUCCUUCAUCAUCACACUAGCACGAGCAGCUGCCGUCACCCUUCAUCGGUCUCGGGUCCAAAACCUUCAGAAGUUUACGGCUUUGUAGGCUCCAUCACCACCAUUGUUGCUACAGUCAUCUUCCUGGCAUGGGCUUAUGUUCCUGAACCCUGGCUGCACUCCAUUGGCAUCUCUUACUACCCCAACAGAGGUACUGGGCACUAGCUUUGCCAACUUAUGGUAUGGUGGCAAUUGUGUUGGCAUUGGCUUUCUACAUCGGUCUCAACUUCAUCUCGACGCCUUCCACAACUUCGAUGUCCAUGGUGUUUGAUGAGGUCACCCGGGAAGCCACCGAUGAUGUCAAGUUGCCACCAGGGGAUCAGCAGCAGCAGGAGGCAAUCAAGCCGAUUUCAGAUAUUCCUGUCUACAAAGUUAACCAUCUCAUGUUUGGAGGAGACUCUAAAGAGUAAUGGAAUUUGUGAUUUGUGAAUACACUUAUAGAUAUGGUGAUUUUGAGCUGAAUCAUAGAUAGAAUUAUACAGAGAACUUUUGAGACAAAUCUCCAUCUUAAUGCCAAUUUACAGCACAAAAUCCCA